AUGUGGCCCGGUCUCCCGAGAAUUACCAUGAUAAAAGCUGUUACUGGUUAUGGCUUUGGUGACGAUGAUCGCUAUAUAGCGCAUGACGAUGACGCCAAAGAAUUUGUUCUUCUGGAGAAAAUAAAAUCCAUUAAGGAUGAUGACAAUGACGCGAGUGAUAACAACAACAACAACAACAACAACAAUAAUAAUAAUAAUAACAACAAUAAUAAUAAUAACAUCAACAUUGCUUUGAACACGGGCAUGAAAUGUACUUGCACUAAACAUACGCCUAUUCGAUAUAUUAACAACAACAACAACAAUAAUAAUAAUAAUAACAAUAACAAUAAUAAUAAUAACAUCAACGUCAUCAGCGGACAAAAUGCCGUCAUACCGAAUUCGGCGUUAUUUAUAGAAUCUGUGGAAAACCCCAAUUUCAUUUUCGAUUCUUUGGCCAGGAGUAAACCGUGCCUGAAGUGUUUGCGAUAUCACAACAAUAACAUCAACAACAACGUCAACAUCAGCGACAACAAUAACAGCAAUAUUGACUACAAUAUUAUUAACAAUAACAUUAUUAAAAACAACAACAACAACAACAACGUCACCGGCAACAACAAUAGUGGCAGCAGCAACAACAGCAGCAACCGUAACAACAACAGCAGCAACAGUAGCAACCACACAAGCCACAACAUCUUCAGCAGUAUCGAAACGUUGAACAACAACAUCAACAACGUCAAGCAGUUUUCCACAUUUCCUCUGGACAUAGAUACCAUGCAGCGCCUCAACAACCAACCUGACCCAGAUAACACAAAUAACCAUGACUUCAUUAUGAAUAACCACCGUUCUAAUUUCAACGUCGCGUUGAACGUGGACCAAGCAAGUUUACACGCAAUUGACCUUGACCCGGAAAAUUUGACCAAUCAAAUUCUUCCAUCAGGUCACCAAUGCAAAUCCACUGAGCGACGCAACAACAGCAAAAAACCCACAACCAACAACCAAGAUCGAAUUUCGGUCAACUAUUUUGACCUAAUUAAUCACCACGGGUCAUAUUCAGGUCAACCGGAAAUAAGCAACAGCAACAACAACAGAAGCAGCAGCAUUGACAACAACAAAGAUGAGUGUCAAUAUCCGAGAGAUGCUUUGGAUAGGAAUGGUACAAAAAUGUCUGAAAAUAUUAUUCUACCAUUCCGAAAAGAAACGCUUCCGGUAAAAUGCUUAACAACGGUUCUGUACGCUCUCAUAUUUGCCACGCUGACCCUGAUAUGGGCCCACGUUUUGAAUUUUAAAUUUGGCCCUCAUUUUUACAUUUGCGUGUUCUUCUCGACAUUCAUUGGCUGCUGCGUUUACAUCUUCAAAUCCCUAUUGGCCAGGAGCUGCGCGUCUCUUUUCUUACCUUCUCUCACGACCAAUAGAGGACGAGUUGCUAUUUUUAUCCUCCUAUUAGGUAAUUUAAUUCUUAACUUUUUAUUCUUCCAUAAAUUUUGUAAAAAGAACAAAAAAAGAUGUAGAUGCUGUGCUGUUGGUUGA